CACUCACUGAUGGCUUUUGCAACAUAUAUAUUUGGACAAACACCAUUUCCUGAGUUCAGUGUUGUGCUGAUGUUGGAUGAUGUGCAAAUAGGAUAUUAUGACUCGAUCACAUGGAGUGUUGUAUAUCGCAGUUCAAGUGAUUCAAAGUACCAAAAUGAAGAGAAAAGUGAUGCUGAUAUUGUAAUUCUCGAUAUGUAUAACAGCAUGAAAGAGCGUGCAGUUUAUUUUAAGAAGCAUCUAAAUCACACAAAUGGUGUACAUGUUCAACAGAGACUUGCUGGAUGUGAACUGUUGGAUGAUGAUAAACCAGGUCUACUGCAGAGAUGGGAUGCUUUUAAUGGACAAGAAAUAGGAGAAUACACAUUUGACACAGAAAAAAAUGUCCAGACAAAAAUAAUAUGGGGGCCAUGGGGCCAAAUAACAAGACUUUAUAUGAAGUUUCUGAUAAAAAAUAUAUAUCAACCUAUUUGCAUUAAAGUUUUGCGUAGGUACUUGUACAUGAAAAAGAACAGUGUAAUGAGAAAAGUUAAACCCAAAGUCAGGCUCAUGAAGAAGACACUCACAGACUCUCAAGGGCUUCAGAUCAGCUGUCUGGCCACUGGUUUUUACCCCCGUCACAUUAACCUGACCCUGUUCAGAGAUGGUCAGCCUGUGGAUGAUGAUCAGAUCACAGGAGGAGAGAUUCUGCCCAACGGAGACGGAACGUACCAGAUGAGGAAGAGUUUGGUGAUCAGUGAAGAAGAGCUACAUGAGGAACAUAAAUACAACUGCACAAUGAAGCACCUCAAUCUGGACAACAAACUGGACAUUACAUUUGAUGUGGCUGAAUAUGAGCCAGGAUCACCUACUCAUUCUGUAGUUUUCAGUGUGCUGGUGUUCAUGUGUGUGGCUGUUGUCAUCAUAACUGCACUCAUCAUAUGGAGGAAGAGACGUACUGCAGGACAAGGAUUCAAGAAGUCACAAAGUGAUUACUCUCUUACUGCAUCUUCCACCCAUGAUUAA